AUGAGCCAGUACGUCAACCUACCCAAAUCAGAGCUCGACCAGUCCCAAAUCCGAGAGCUCGAGCAGUACGAGAUCUCUCAAGGUCCUCUUUCAGUCCUGCAACAAUCCGUUCGCAACCACACACAGAUCUUGAUUGCCCUGCGCAACAACAAGAAGCUCCUUGCACGCGUCAAGGCUUUCGACCGUCACUCAAAUAUGGUUUUGGAGAAUGUCAAGGAGAUGUGGACAGAGGUUCCAAAAGGCAAGGGGAAGAAGCCGGUGAACAAGGACAGGUUCAUCUCAAAGAUGUUCUUGCGAGGCGAUUCGGUGGUGUUGGUUCUAAGGAACACUGCUUAA